GGGGAAUCGAGGCACAACGCCAACGGUUGGUGUACCUUAUGCAAAAUAAGAUUGUGACAGAUCCAGAAUUGAAGAAAACAAGCAGAAUGUGAAUCCUCUCAGCUUAGAGGAGAAGCAUGACGACGCCAUGGUAGAAACUACAGGGAAAAGGAAAACCUACCCUCAGAAAAUAAAAAGCAAUUUGGUGAAACAAUACAACUCUGAUCUAAACCAGCUGGCACAGUGUAGGUUCAACCUGACAGAAUUUCAGCUGAAUUGGAACACAAGUGAUGUGUGUACAAUAGAACAGGAUGUGAUUGACAGAGCAAGGACGGCCUUUUCUUCUCUAGCGUCCUUAUCUAAGUCAGCAUCUAUGUUAGUGGAUCGAGGAGAACGUCUGGAGAAGUCGUAUAGGCUGUAUAAGACGCUAGCUCACUGCCCAACACAUCAAGCCCUCCAGAGCCCAGGAGUGGCAGAAGGCCACAAGAUGACCGCCAGUGUUACUCCUCCAAAACUCACUCAACCCUGCAGAACUCCUCACACCGAAUUCACAACAGGUGAAGCGUUAAAACCGUGUAACCUGUUGCAGCCACCACCACAUCCAUGUCAGGUGGAAAGAACAGAUUACAUGUACAAAGACAUUUCUUCUUUCAAGAGACGAUCCACAAGGUCGAAGCCAACAGGCUGA